UGAAUUUGUAGUCUUGUCUGGUCUCUGUUGUGUCCAGCCAUGGUCAACCCGACUGUGUUUUUCGACAUAGCCGUCGACGGCGAGCCCCUCGGCCGCGUCGCUUUCGAGCUGUUUGCAGACAAAGUUCCAAAGACAGCAGAAAACUUCCGCGCUCUGAGCACUGGGGAGAAAGGUUUUGGUUAUAAAGGUUCCUGCUUUCACAGAAUCAUUCCAGGGUUUAUGUGCCAGGGUGGUGACUUCACGCGCCAUAAUGGCACUGGGGGCAAGUCCAUCUAUGGAGAGAAAUUUGAAGAUGAGAACUUCAUCCUGAAGCACACCGGUCCUGGCAUCUUGUCGAUGGCAAAUGCUGGGCCCAAUACGAACGGUUCCCAGUUUUUCAUCUGUACCGCGAAGACUGAAUGGUUGGAUGGCAAGCACGUGGUCUUCGGUCAGGUGAAAGAAGGCAUGAACAUUGUGGAAGCCAUGGAGCGUUUUGGUUCCAGGAAUGGCAAGACCAUCAAGAAGAUCACCAUUGCUAACUGUGGGCAACUCUAAUUAAAUUUGAUCUGAAUUU